GACAGACAGUGCCAAACAAAUAUCUGCAUUUCUUUAAUCUCCGCCGUCCAUCUUGGACCAUUCUUACUUUUCUCUUUGAUUUCAUCAUUCUUUUAUCUUUUGCAAAAUUUAAUGUAGACAGACAGACAAACUAACACGUACACGUAUAAAUUAGCUAGUUUCUCGAGUAUUCUUUCAUGUCUUUGACAAGCAUCUUCAGGGAGAGAGAGUCUUAUUUCUCUCUCUGCCGUAUUCAAUAAUAGUCCCCCCCCCCCCCCCCCCCCCUUUCUCUACUCGUAGUUUCUUCUAGUUUAACUUAUAUAUAUAUAUGUAGUGCUUAGGGAAUUGGGAUAGGGGUGUGGAAAUUUUGUAGACAAGAAAGAUUUGUUUUUGAUAUAGUUUUCAUCAUUCCUUUGUGUGGGAAUUGGAACUGGAUCUGAAAAGGGUUGUCCUUUGAGCGAAUAUGGCUUCCGGAAACGGAGAGAAGAAUGAUUUUUAUGCUGUUUUAGGGCUUCAAAAGGAAUGCACUGAUGAAGAGCUAAGGAAUGCGUAUAAGAAGUUGGCUCUGAGAUGGCACCCGGAUCGGUGCUCGGCCUUGGGGAAUUUGAAAAGGGUGGAAGAAGCGAAGAAGAAAUUUCAGGACAUUCAAGAGGCUUAUUCUGUACUGUCGGAUGCAAACAAAAGAUUUAUGUACGAUGUAGGUGUUUAUGAGGGUGAUGAAGAUGAUGCAAAUGGGAUGGGUGAUUUUCUUAACGAAAUGGCAGAUAUGAUGUGUCAACACAAGUCCAAUGGAGGUGGGAAUGAGAGUUUUAAGGAAUUGCAAGAUAUGUUUGAUGAGAUGUUCCAAAAUGAAACAAGUUCAAACUGUAAUGAACAUGGUGGGUGGUGGCCUUCUUCUUCUUCUUCUUGCUCGUCUAGUAGCAAGAGUAGUUUUACUGAUCAUGCCACUUCUGAAACACCACCAACAACAACAAACUCAACUAAGACAAAGCUUGGGAAAUCAACUAGCUUUGAUGCUCAUUUCGAUACAUUCAGCUUUGGGGUGCAACAUCAAGGAAUCCAAAGGUGGAAGGUGGGAGCAGGCGGAGGAAAAAGGUCUCAAGGACGGGCCGGGAGUAGAAAACAUGUGUGGCCUCUCCGACAAUAUUGGAGAUCUUCUUCAUCUUCUUCUUCUUCUUCUUCGGCAGAUUAUUCAUUUGUUAUUAGGCAGCUUGUAUGAGAGAAAAGAGAAGACAUGUUUCUUUCCUUUGUCUCAAAAAAAAAAAUAUAUGUCAAGAUGCCAACUUGCAGACUAUGUUUGUUUGUUUAUUUAGAACUAAAUCAGCAGAUGCAUUAUCUUGAUUUUAUUAUAAAAAAAAAAUAAAGAUGUCUUUAUUGACCAUUGUUUAA